CCCUUGGAAGAAAGUAGCUCAAAAUCCUUUACACUUCAGCCCAGUACUUUGCCCACCCCUGCCGAGUGAAAGUUGAAGAAGUGGACAACUUUAUAGUAGUGCGUACCACACCACCACCACCACCACCACGACGGACUCGUGUGUUUACUACUUUCACUCACUCACUUUCUCCUCUCCCAAUCCCAACCCGAUGCGAUGGGUGAAGAAAGAAAGCGAGCAUAAUAUGUAGAAAUAGACCAAACCAGGCCACGGGAUAAAAGGUGGGGGCCACUUCAUGUCGCCAUCCUCUCUCUUCUCUCUCUCCGACAAAAUCCAAUCCCAGCAGCAGUUCACACCGUAAACCAAAUCCCACCAGCACACGAAACCGAAAGAAGAAGAACUAUACAUCUUCCUCUUGUUCAUUCUUCUUCUUCUAUCCGGAAGAAUUGGGAGGUGUAAUGGAGGACCAGAAAUUUUAGGAGCAGUCAUCGCAAAAUUCCUCAAAAAUAAAUAAAAACUUGCCCAAUUACGUACGUGUAAUGAUGACACGAGUGAAAGUAAAUAUGCUGUGAGUUUUUGAUACGGUGUAAACUUUUGGACAAAAGGUGCUCGUUAAGUGAUAGUUUGAUCCCAGAUUUACUCUAAAACCUGACAAAAAUACGGACAUUUGUUCACUUUUACUUUCACUUUCACUCGCUUUCACCUUGUUAUUAUUACUCUUGACUGGAUUGGAUAGGAUCAAGAAGCGAGGCAUUAAAGUGAAUUGGGGACUUGUUUGUAAAUACACAUUUUUGCUUAUUACACAACUUUUUUGUGUAAAAGAUCGUCAUCUCCACAUUAUUAUUUACGAGGGGGAAAUCAUUCCUUUGUGAAUAAAAAAGAGAGCUCCGACCGGAAGUAGGCAGCCAGUCAUUGGAGGAGGAUAAAAAAGACGUGCAAUUGUGUAAUAACAAGGUAUAUCCGGAAUAUCCUCUUACAAUGGAUGACCCCCCUUCUCCUCCUCCCCCCGUUACCAUGACAACCGCUCAACAAAACCGCAGCGCUUCUUCUCCUAACAACCAACCCGCGUCACUCAAACGAUCUAAAAGUUCCCGCUUCAAAACCCGCAGAAGAAAGACGACCGACAAGGCGGGAACAAAUGGCGGGAACACUUGUUUCACCUCCGCCCAAAAUACAUGCUCAAUUCUUGCUACUAAAUACCACUCUUAUUUUCGCCGCCGACCCCGCCACAGUGCAAGUUUGGCGUUUGCGGUCAUUUUUAUCAUUAUGAAACUCGUCUCCAUGGCGUCGGGACAAUAUGCAGGGGUCGUUUUUGAAGGAAUGUGUCCCGUCCCGGAGUGCUAUUGCGGAUUGGAUACGAGAAAUCGGUUAGAAGUCGAUUGCAGUUCGGGCGGGCUCAAUGAAAUCCCGACGAGUCGGAUGUCCCCGCAUAUUGAAGUUAUAAGAAUCACGUCGCCGAAAGGGAGGGCAAAUCAUGUCACGAUUGGAAGAUCGUUUCGACAGUUUAAGAAGUUGGAAGAGUUGCACAUUGUAAACUCGAAUAUUCCCAACAUUGGAGAAAACAACUUUUGGGGCGUCCUUUCCCUCAAAUUGCUCAAUCUCACGAGAAACAAUAUAAAUCAAAUUGUUGAUUUUAAUUUCCGCGGAUUAUCAAAUUUAGAAACGCUGUCCUUAUCGGAAAAUCAUAUUGAUACACUGGACUCGGAAUGCUUCAAAAAUUUGACAAAGCUCAAGGUGCUUGAUCUGUCACGAAACAGAAUUGGUCGUCUGGUGGAACGUCUUUUCUAUAAUUUACACAUGUUGGAAGUCCUCGAUUUGUCUGACAACCGUUUGAGAGAUUUAAACGCAGACGUUUUCCGAGACAUUUGGCGUCUCAAGGAGUUUCGGUGUCAAAGAUGUCAACUAAGGAGCAUCCCGCCGUUGUGGUAUUCGCUCCUACCGGCAUUAAAGAAACUGGAUUUGCGCUAUAACGAACUAAAACGUCUCCAAGAAGGUGAAUUCUCCGCGCUCAAAUCCAUUGAGGAAAUAGCCCUCGACGGCAAUAAGAUCAACGUCUUGUCUGAAGAAGCAUUCAAAUUUACGCGCGUCCGCACCCUCUCGAUGUCCUACAAUGGAUUAACCUCCGUCGAUCGGACCGCUUUCGUCAACGCGUCCGUCGAUUCCUUGGACCUUUCUGGAAAUAAGUUUGAAAAUUUGAACAAAUUAAUAUUCCUCGAUUUAAAGCAUAACUUGACAAAGCUGGAUCUAAGUCGCAAUCCCCGCCUAAAAUUGGCCUCUUUACUUAUCAUUCUCUCCGAAAAUACCCGCCUGAAAUGGUUAUCUGUUGCCCGGAAUAAUUAUGAAGACCUACCCCUCGAUCUUUUCGAAGAUAACCGAUACCUUACCCAUCUCAACUUAUCGAACAAUCGGCUCCGCGACUUAUUUCCACGUCAAUUCAGUCCACUUAUCAACCUCCAAAUUUUGGACCUCAGCUAUAAUCGAUUGCUCGGAAUUGAAUCCGAAGUUCUUGCGGUUUUCGAUCGAAUAUCGAGCAUUCGGGAGAUACGAUUGGAGGGAAAUCCUUGGGCGUGCGAUUUGUGUCAUGUUCCCCCGUUGCACAGGUGGAUUCAAACCUCCCCCAUUUUUCGGAAAGGUUGCAUGCUUCCGAACGGACCGUUCUGUUUGCGCUGUCGAUACCCGAGUGAUCAAUAUGAUAAGGCGAUUAUUGACCUGGACGAGGAAAAUUUGGAGUGGUGUGAUCCUUACGGCGGGGAAUAUGGGGAUGAAAGUCGGCUCGGGAUUUUCCUCGGGAUUGGGAUUCUAUUCCUAAUUUUAGCGGUUUUGGCGGGAGGAUUGAUUAUGAAGUAUCAAUUUUGGCAUACGGCACACUACUAUACGAAUGAGGAGAAUAGGGUCGACACUGGUUUAACCCCGCCGCCGGUAGAUGACGAUUUUGAAGGUUCUCAACAAUACUACGCCACCAUUAAUGGGACCCACACCAAGAUUAUUGCCACUAUUGACGAAAAGAAUUUUGACCCGGAUGCCAAUUUCUAUCCCGAUUUGGGCACUAAUCUCAACCUAAAUCCGCUCUACCGCGCAGGUCCCGCCAUCUCACCGACCGUCGGCAGUAGAAGCGGCGGCGAACAACAACAUACUUCCUCCUUCAGAUAAAUAUUCAAACCAACCGCGGAUUUUUUUGCGUAAAUAACCGAAUUCGGGUAAAAUAUACCGACCGAUUUGCACUAAUUAUUCUGAUUUUCUUUCCAAAAUAACUGAAUUCGGGUUUAAUUUUAAACAAUUAACUCUUCAUGCACGAACUGAAUUCUUAAUUACUGCACGCUUAGAAAAGUUCACUACUAGUUUUAGACACGAACUCUUGAAUUUUUACGUUUCGAACAAAAAAAAAAUUGUUGAGCGGCGAAAAAACGUAGUUUGAAAGUACCGCCAAUGUUUCCAUCCUGUCCGUUUCUCUCCCGCUAUAAAUAGACGGUCCAAUUAAACGUUAUCUACAUAGUUACAGACUAAUUAGCAUUUAAAAUAACACGGUCUGUUUGUCUGGUACUCAAAAAAAUUAUAAAGUAUUUAACGAUCUCAACCCUUAAAUACUAUAAAAUAUAUUCUGAACUCCAUUCUAACUUGCGCCAUAGUUAAAACUACAAUAUUUGGCGCAAGUUAGCAUGAAGUGAAGAAUAAAGGCACCUUAAAUACUAAAAUUUCACCACGAAUUUUGAAAUUAACUGAGAUUCGUAACGAUCAAAUGAAGUACAAGGAACAAGGAAACACAAGAUUCGAUCUAAUUAAACAACGACUAAAAAACUACUUAAUUUAACACUUUUUACAAAAAAAAAUAAAUAACGCAUUUUAGAUUUUUAGUAACCGCUUAAUUUAAAAUUUUACAAAAUUAGCCGUUACUUAAUUAACUCAUUAAUUAAGUAAUUAAUAAUUUCGUUAGCAGAAUAAUAAAUACACAAGUAGUAAAACAGAGGGCAGUAUUUUAGAGAAAUUUUAGUAUUAUAGUGCUGAAAUAGGUGCAUACUAAUUACCCAUUUUCAUGGAAUUUAUUUAAAAAAAUAAACGUUUCCAUGAAAACUUAAGUAUUAGAAGAAAAGGAAUUACGUAUACCAAAAAUACACCCGUGAUAGCGUCGUCGAUUAAUAAAUAAUUGUUGAUCGUAUGAAAAAGAAUCUCGAUCCGUCAUGAAAAACUGAAACUAUUUGAUAACCCAGGACCUAAUAAUUUAUGUAAUAAUUGCACUUUCUAAGUAGCUUUUCAUGUUGAUUACAAAUUUUUACUUACAAAUUCAGUCGUAUUAAUUAGUCUAAAAAUUUCAAAAAUUUCAAAAAUUUCAAAAAUUGUUUAAAAAAAAUUAUUAAAAAACAAACAAAAUAUACUCGCAAUUAAUUUUAAAAAAACUGGACAAAAUGUUAACGAAUUUAAGUAAAAAUGCACACAAAAAUAAUUUAUAAAUUAGAUAUAAUUGCACAAUUGUAAUUAACUAUGAUUAUUAAUUACGUUACAAAAAAUCGAUUAAUUAAUUAAGUCCUUUUACGAUUUUUUUAUUAUUAAAAAACAAACAUAAUUAAUUAACUUUUCAAAUUAAUAUUUGCUACGUAGGAAAUCAAAUCGAUAGCUGCGAUACGUUUCUGAAACUCUUUGGUGCUUAUGAAAAUGAAAAGUGUUCACUUUUCUUGUUCAAUUUUCUUGUUUAUUGCGAUUUAUUAGGUGCAUUUACUAUACCCUACUUGCGCCAAUGUUAUAACUUUUAACUAUGGCGCAAGUAUAAAUGCAGCGUUCCCUCAACGCUGCACCCCCCGCAUUAUAGAUGACUGAACAAGCAUAAACUAACUAAUUACUGAUUAAUUAUUAUUACGUAAAUAGUAUGAAAAUGUUAAGUAAUUAAUAAUCAAUUAAUUAACGUGUUACAUAAUUAAUAGAAAUGUUGAUGAUAAUGAUUUGUUAAAUAUUAAUCAUAAAAUAGGGACUGAUUGGUUAAGUAAUGAAUUAGUAUUUAAUUAAUUAAUUAAGGAGGUGCUCACUACUCCCUGGAUGAUUCGUGUCUCCCAAAAAGCAUAAAAUAAUAAAAAAAUUAAUGUAUGAAAAAAAGUAAGAAUUAAAUGAUCUCAUGAGAUGAUUGAAA